CUCAACACUACUGCUAUAAAUUGUGUGCUGUUGUUGAAGCGUCCUCCAUCUUUUCCACUGCUUUCUGCUGUUGCAAGUAAGAUCAUAGAUUGGUGAAGUCCGGUGGCAUUGUUUUUCCACUUCUACAAAGUCUCUAACUAUGGCGAGUCUAUUAUCAAAUGUUGCAAGAAGAUUGGAAGGAAAGGUGGCUCUGAUCACAGGCGGGUCUGGCGGCAUUGGAGCCUCCACAGCCAAGUUAUUCUGUCAACAAGGCGCCAAAGUCAUGAUCGCCGACAUCCAAGAUGAUCUUGGCCAUUCCGUUUGCAAUGACUUAGGUCCCGCUCAUGCUUCCUUCGUCCACUGUGACAUCACAAACGAAACAGAUGUCCAAAAUGCCAUUGACAAGUCCGUUGCCAAGCACGGCAAGCUUGACAUAAUGUUCAACAAUGCAGGCCUCGUCACCACAGGAAGUUUAAAACCCUGCAUUCUUGACAACGAAAAGGCUGAUUUUGAGAAAAUCCUUCAUACAAACGUGGUAGGUUCAUUUUUGGGCACCAAACAUGCAGCUCGGGUGAUGAUACCAGCCGGACACGGUACCAUAAUCAACAUGGCUAGUGUUUGCUCAGUAAUUGGAGGGGUUGCUUCACACGAUUAUACAUGUUCCAAGCAUGCGUUGCUCGGCCUCACCAGGAACACCGCGGUGGAGCUAGGAAAGCAUGGCAUUCGUGUUAAUUGUGUGUCGCCUUAUGUUGUUCGAACCGAAUUGGCAAUGAAGAUCAUUCCUGAUGAGUUAUUCAAACAGAUUUUUAAAAAUCUCAAAGGGAUACCUCUCAAGCCGGAGGAUGUAGCCGAAGCAGUUCUGUAUUUGGCAAGUGAUGAGUCCAAGUAUGUGAGUGGCCACAAUUUGGUCGUUGAUGGAGGUUUUACAGUUGUGAAUCAAGCUCUUUCAAUGUUCAGUGAAUAGAGCCGGUCCAAUUUUGGUUUUUUUUUUUGUUUUUUAAAGCCGAUCAAAAUGAUACUAAUAAGAUGAUUUUGUUUUUAUAA